UCUUCAUUCAAAUGACAGAAGGUGCAACAGAAGAAGAGGACAUGCAUCAAUUUGUUUGUCCUCAAUGUACAAAAAGUAAGUGAGCUGUCAAAAUAGUCUUGCAUUGUUUUUUAUUGACCCUGAUUCUUUUUUAGCAUUUGCCACUCGGUCUAAUUUAAAACGACAUAUGGAAAACCCAAAUAUACACAAUAUCCCUUAUGAAAGGAGCCGAGACCAAAAAAGAUGGAAAGGACAUGCAAGAAAGAUUUCAUCUAGAACAGAAACCACAGAAAGAAUGCGAAAAUGGCGAGCAGAAAAUAAAGAAAAGAACAAACGAAAUGACCUUCGUUGCCGAGUCUAUCGCAUUGCACGUCAAAAAUUCGGUACCAAAGAUUCUGAAGAAAAGCAAAAAUUUAUUGAACAAGAAAUCAAGAAGCGACUGGAGCGCACAUCACCUUCUGUGGAAAAAACACCUAAUGCUCAACUAAACGAAUUACCUUUUUACUGUGCACCAUUGGAUAAAAUUGAGUUACCAUCUAUACCAAAUACACAACAAGUAUUCAAGAUGGAAUUAAUUGAUUUACCACCUAUGCAGUCAAAAGAAGAAUAGCAACGAUUUAUCAGUCGAUAUUUGACAUCUAGCAAACUUUGUAAAUAUGUGUAAAAAAAAAUCAACAAAAUCAUGCGUUAUUGUACAACUCUCCUUGUCUUUGUAAUUUUGAGACUCACCUGACGCGUGGAACACGGCCAAUGUACUGCCUAUAUAAAUAUAAUUUUUUCUUCUUUUCUCCUCUUUCUCUUUCUCUUUCUCUUUCUCUUUCUCUUUCUCUUUUAUUCUUUUUU